AGGCGUGGGGCUCCGGCUGAGCGGCUGGGACCUUGAGGGCGGCCAGGCCGGCUUUGUAGCCAGCAGGGAGCAGGGAGCUUAGGGAAACGACUCCGAGAAAGCGGGCGCGCCACAGAGAAGGCGAGAAGAGCUCGGGAAACCCGACCGAGCUUUUACGCAAGGCUGCCAACUGGCUGCUCCAAAUUCGUGCCAGCUCCUGAGAACGCGCGACCGGACACCAGUUCCAGCCACUGCCGCAGACAGCUCGCCGCUCGCCGCAGGAGGCCGGGGGCGGCCCUGCAGGGACCUUUCCCAGACCGCCUGGGCCGCCCGGAUGUGCACUAAAAUGGAACAGCCCUUCUACCACGACGACUCAUACGCACCGGCGGGAUACGGCCGGACCCCUGGCAGCCUCUCUCUCCACGACUACAAACUCCUGAAACCCAGCUUGGCUCUCAACCUGGCGGAUCCCUACCGAGGUCUCAAAGCGCCGGGAGCGCGCGGUCCCGGCCCGGAGGGCAGUGGAGCGGGCAGCUACUUUUCUGGUCAGGGAUCAGACACAAGCGCGUCUCUGAAGCUGGCCUCCUCAGAACUGGAACGCUUGAUCGUCCCCAACAGCAACGGCGUGAUCACGACGACGCCCACGCCCCCGGGACAGUACUUUUACCCCCGCGGGGGUGGCAGCAGUGGAGGUGCCGGGGGCGCAGGGGGCGGUGUCACCGAGGAGCAGGAGGGCUUCGCCGACGGCUUUGUCAAAGCCCUGGACGACCUGCACAAGAUGAACCACGUGACGCCCCCCAAUGUGUCCCUGGGCGCCAGCGGGGGUCCUCAGGCCGGGCCCGGGGGCGUCUAUGCUGGCCCGGAGCCGCCUCCUGUUUACACCAACCUCAGCAGCUACUCCCCGGCUUCCGCACCCUCGGGAGGCGCCGGGGCUGCCGUCGGGACCGGGAGCUCAUACCCGACGGCCACCAUCAGCUACCUCCCACAUGCGCCACCCUUCGCCGGCGGCCACCCCACGCAGCUGGGCUUGGGCCGCGGUGCCUCGGCCUUCAAAGAGGAACCGCAGACCGUGCCGGAGGCUCGCAGCCGCGACGCCACGCCACCGGUGUCCCCCAUCAACAUGGAAGACCAGGAGCGUAUCAAAGUGGAGCGCAAGAGACUGCGAAACAGGCUGGCCGCCACCAAAUGCCGGAAGCGGAAGCUGGAGCGCAUCGCGCGCCUGGAGGACAAGGUGAAGACACUCAAGGCCGAGAACGCGGGGCUGUCGAGUACUGCCGGCCUUCUCCGGGAGCAAGUGGCCCAGCUCAAACAGAAGGUCAUGACUCACGUAAGCAACGGCUGCCAGCUGCUGCUCGGGGUCAAGGGACACGCCUUCUGAGCCUCCUCCACCCCAUACGGACACCCCCAGCCUGGACUGCUGGAAGCACGCCUCCCACUGGGGUGAGGGCAGCGACCGGCAGCCGCCCUGAGACCUGGAGGCGCCUCAGACACACUGGACUCCGGCCCGUCCGCCCUGCGCCCGGUCCUUCCACCUCGACGUUUACAUGGCCCCCCUUCCAGCGUAUUUUGUAUGUUGUUUUUUUCCUGGAAAGAGACUGAAUUCAUAUUGAAUAUAAUAUAUUUGUGUAUUUAACAGGGAGGGGAGGAGGGGGCGACCGCGGCGGAGCUGGCCCCGCCGCCUGGUACUCAAGACCGCGGGGACACUAGGGAGGGGACCUCCGCCCCUUGCCCUCCCCCUCUGCACAGUACUGUGGAGAAGAAACACGCACUUAGUGUCUAAAGAGUCUAUUUUAAGAUGUGUUUGUGUGUGAGUGUGUUAGACUUUUUAUUGAAUCUAUUUAAGUAAAAAAAUGGUUCUUUAUUAA